AAAUAGAAGUAACGGCAUUGUGAAAAAAUAAUGAACAUAUUCAUUCAUAGCAUCAGUUUUUUUCAUCAUCUAACAGUACGAAACAAUCGCCAGUUCAUAGUUAUUAUAGUUUUCCUUCAAUGUUAAAUGUUAUUGCUAUCUCCGGAAUGCAAGCUGAUCGCCAAAAAACGAAAGGUCGAAGAUUAAGAUGCGGCAAAAAAAAACUGAUGGAGCCUUCUGUUGAUGCACUGCUGAUGGUGACCAUGAAGAAUUUAGUUUUAAACAAAUUUGGCAAACAAUAAAGUGAAUGUUUUCAGCAUGAAAUAACUAGAUUUUUUCUUAUUAGAAAGUGAUUUACUGUUUCCAUAAGAGUCUCUUAUGAAAAGCAACAACCUCUCAUUGAAGUAGGCGUUCAUCUUCAGAAUUCAUUCGCGUCAUAAGACAAUCUUAUGAAUUUCAUAAAUUUUUCUUAUGGCGCCACUUCAUAAGAGAAUCUUAUGGCAUACAUAAUAGUAUUUUUCUGAGUGUACGUUUCUGAGACGGUCCCGUUUUUCUAGGUCUACUGAAAACCUAGGAAGGCCCCGUGUUUCUAGGUUUCCCAAAGCUAGGGACAAUCCCCUAGCUCGGUCCGCAACGCGAAGCGUAAGGACCAUACUUCACCGUAGUUCGAACGCGCAGCGUGAGGAGGCGGCCCCUUAGUUUUGAACUACGUUUCUGAGUCGGUCCCGUUUUUUCUAGGUUUACUGAAAACCUAGGAAGGCCCCGUUUUUCUAGGUUUACCCAAAGCUAGGGACAAUCCCCUAGUCCGGUCCGAAACGCGAAGCGUAAGGACCAUACUUCACCCUAGUUCGAACGCGCAGCGUGAGGAGGCGGCCCCUUAGUUUUGAACUACGUUUCUGAGUCGGUCCCGUUUUUUCUAGGUUUACUGAAAACCUAGGAAGGCCCCGUUUUUCUAGGUUUACCCAAAGCUAGGGACAAUCCCCUAGUCCGGUCCGAAACGCGAAGCGUAAGGACCAUACUUCACCGUAGUUCGAACGCGCAGCGUGAGGAGGCGGCCCCUUAGUUUUGAACUACGUUUCUGAGUCGGUCCCGUUUUUUCAGGUUUACUGAAAACCUAGGAAGGCCCCGUUUUUCUAGGUUUACCCAAAGCUAGGGACAAUCCCCUAGUCCGGUCCGAAACGCGAAGCGUAAGGACCAUACUUCACCCUAGUUCGAACGCGCAGCGUGAGGAGGCGGCCUCUUGGUUUCGAUCUACGUUUCUGAGACGGCUCCAUUUUUUUUCUAGGUUUACUGUAAACCUAGGAAGGCCCCGUGUUUCUAGGUUUACCCAAAGCUAGGGACAAUCCCCUAGCCCGGUCCGCAACGCGAAGCGUAAGGACCAUACUUCACCUUAGUUCGAACGCGCAGCGUGAGGAGGCGGCCUCUUAGUUUUGAACUACGUUUCUGAGUCGGCCCAGUUUUUUCUAGGUUUACUGAAAACCUAGGAAGGCCCCGUGCCCAAAGCUAGGGACAAUCCUCGUAAUUAUGAUUCAUGGACUUUUGAACAUUUGAAACAGACCGCGAAGUGACUCAGUUGCCAACUAUCCAUACCGCCAAAUAGUCUUACUCGCAAAUUGGGAGACCGCGUAAUGUUACAAACCGCUGAAAGGCAAACCGCCAAAAGGGUCAUAUGCCAAAUGAGAAACCGCCAAGUGUUACAAACCGCCAAAUGAUAAACCGCCAAACAGGUUCAUACGCGAAAUGUCAUACCGCCAAAACGAAUACCGCGAAAUGGUUUACCGCGAGCUGUGAUACAAUCGUGAUAACAUUUCGUUUGAUUUUUGAAUUCGAAUUUUCAGAGCGAUGUCUUCACUUCUCAUCACCAUCAAAGAUGAGCCAGUGGAGGAUGACGGGCUCAUGGAAGAAAUUCCGGGAUCGUACGAUUCCAUAACAAUCAAAGAAGAAGAUGCUUGGAAACAAAAUUUGUAUAAUAUGGACUCCGAGGAUUCUGGUGAGAACGAACCCGAUGAAUCAUCAACAGCAAGCGGUACGAAAUCUUCAACUAACAAUACGGACCAGGUUGAUUCGAAAGAAUCUGAUAGGCCCGACUAUAUGAAACGGAAGCAAACAGUAAAAAUGAAGAUUAAGGUUAAUAAGGACGCUGGGGAAACGUUCGAAUGCGACAUUUGCAAACUAGAAAUAAAGAAAAAGUUUCGAACAAGACAUCUCAAGUCCCACAAGUAUCCGGUUUGCCAAUUUUGCAACAAGAAAUUCGUCCGGGAGAGAAAUCUAGCUCUGCAUCAAGCCACCUUCCACGGAUACCUCAGUGAUGAAUGGGCCAAGAAAAAUUAUAAGAAAUGGCCGCACCGUUGUGACCGCUGCAGUUUACAUUUCCGAUGCGUUGAAUUCAUCUGGUGCCACAAAUGUAAAGGUACUGAUGUGUCGAAUUUCGAUUGUAAGCUUUGUAAUGUUAAAUUGGACACCGAAGAUAAACUAACGAAGCACGUGGCACAGAAACAUAAAAUUGAGGAAGAACUCCAAGAUAAAUUGAAGUACAAAUGCUUAAAAUGUGACAAAAUAUUCAGUAACAAAAGAUUGUUUGAAAAGCACAAGCAAAAAUGCGUUAAUGAUUUUGCUGAGAUAACUGAAAGUCAAUCGUCAGUUGAUCCUGAUAUUGGGGCCAGUCCCCAGAGGAGGUUUCAGUGCUUGGAAUGUGGGAAAAAGUUCCUGAAAUAUUGUCACCUCAAUCGUCAUCAGGCCACUGUUCACUUGAAAAGUGAUAAAAUUAAUGAAGCUAAGGGAGGGGUUCAGUGUAUCGAAUGCGGAAAAAAGUUUCGCAAAAACUAUAACCUCAACCGACACCGGCAAGCCGUUCACAUGGGGAUCAAACCGUUUGCAUGUACAGAAUGUGAGAUGUCAUUUACCGACAAACGUAGCCUGGAGCGCCAUUUUGGCAUUGUUCACGUGGCUAAACCCCGCCACGAGUGUGAAUUUUGUGGAAAGAAGUUUUUCGAUGGCACCUCGUACAGCUAUCACCGUAAGCGGAAACACCCGAAAGAGCGAGCCGAACUGAUGGAAAAACUAGGAGGACAACCAUUACCAUACAGGACCCUGUACUCGCUAGAUGGUUGCAAGCUAGUAACAGAGUUCGAGUGUCCCGAUUGCAGCAAAGAAUUCGAAGAUGAGGAGAAACUAGCGCUUCAUAAGCCAGAGUGCCCAAAAGCGCUGCCUUUAUUUCAAAAUAACAUCAAGGAAGAACAUAAAGAGGAUGAGAGACCCAUGGACGAAAUUCCUGGAUCGUACGAUUCCAUAAUAAUUAAAGAAGAAAAUGAUUGGAAUCAGGUUUUGUAUCAUAAAGAUGCUGCAUAUUUCAGUGAAAACGAACCGAAACAGUCAUCCCCAGCGGCCCUUAUGAAUUCUUCAAAAAGCAAUAUGGACCAGGCUGAUUUGGAAGAAUCCGAAAAAGACAAGUAUACGAAUUCAGACUCGUUAGGAAAAGAGGAUGCAUCGGAAAUCGUUGAAUCUAAUGCUUCGGGUUUUGACUGUAUGCUUUGUAAUGUUAAAUUUGACAGUGAAGACAAACUGACGAUGCACGUGGCACAGAAUCAUCAAAUUGAAAAAAACCUAGACUCUGGUAAUUUGAAAACUGAUAUAAUCAAAACGAAUGAAAAAAGAUUCAAAUGUACCGUUUGUGGGAGCACGUUCCGCAAAAUUUAUAAUCUAAAUCGACAUGGACUUGCCGUUCAUAUGAAUUUUAGACCGUAUUCCUGUACCGAAUGUCAGCAGAAAUUCUCCGACAAACGAAGCCUGGAGCGUCAUUUCGCUAGUCAACAUGUUGGUAAGCCUCGGCACGAGUGUGAAUUCUGUGGAAGAAAGUUUUACGACCCCAAUACGUACCACCUUCACCGUAAACGAAAACACCCUAAAGAACGAGCAGAGCUUAUGAAAAAAUUAGGAGCGAAAGCAUUACCAUACCGGACCCUGUAUUUGCUAGAUGGUUGCAAGGUGGUUACAGAGUUUGAACGUCCAAAUGAAGCUAGACUGACGAUGCAAGUUACACAGGAACAACAAGGAAAUGUUCAAGAUAACUUGAAAGACGAUUCAGAAAUUUCUGUACCCAAUGUUUUAGAUUUCGAAUGCAAGCUUUGUAAAGUUAAAUUUGAAAGUGAAGACAAACUGGCGAUGCACGUUGCACAGAAACAUCAAUUUGAGGAAACACUUGAAAAUGCAACCUUCAAAUGUCUAAAAUGCGACGAAAUAUGUUGUGACAAAAGUUUGUUUAAAAAGCACCAACAUAAUUGUGUCAAAUAUUUAACAAAUCACAAUGAAAAUCAGAUGUCAGCGAAAGCUGACAUGACUAAUGAUACCCAGAAAAUGAUUCAGAGCUUGGAAUGUCAGGUAACAGCCCAUUUGAAAAGUGAUAAAGCCACCGCAGUAAAAUAUAAGUGUAUCGAAUGUGGGAAAAAGUUUCGCAGAUAUUUUAACCUUCGACGGCACCGUCUAUCCGUUCAUUUGAAGAUAAGACCGUUUCCCUGUACGGAAUGUCAAAUGACGUUCACCAACAAACGUAGUCUGGAGCGUCAUUUCGGUAGCCUACAUGUGAGUAUGCCGCGAUAUGAGUGCGAAUUUUGUGGGCAGAAGUUUUACAGUAGCACGGCGUACCACGAUCACCGCAUGCAAGUACAUCCGAAAGAGCGAGUCGAUCUAUUGGAAAAAACAGGGGGACAAUCGUUGCCAUACAGGACCCUAUAUUCGUUGGAUGGUUGCAAGUUAGUCACAUUAUCCGAAAGUCCUGAUGAUUCGAAUUUCAACUAUGCUGCAUUCGACAUUGAAGAUCAACAGACGGUACAAAUGGCACAGAAACCUCAAAUUGAGGAAAAACCGCAAAGAAAUUUGGCGGAUGCUUCUGAAACUUCUGAGAAUGAUGGUUCGAAUUUCGACUGCAAGCUUUGUAAUGCUAAAUUCGUCUGUGAAAAGAAACUGUCGUUGCACGUGGCACAGAUGCAUCUAGUGGACGGAAAAUUUGAAGAUAACUCCAAAUGUUUCAAAUGUGGCAAAAUAUUCUCUCGAGAAAGAUUGUUUGAAACGCACAUGAAAAAAUGCGCCCGAUAUUUUGAAAUGAUGGAAAACUCGAACGAAAUUUACUCAUCAGCGGAUUCCGACAUAGAGUGCUUGGAGUGUGGGAAAAAGUUCCCUACACAAACUGACCUGCAUGAGCAUCAGACCGCAGUCCAUUCAAAAACUGGACUUGUUAGACAAUUCAACUGCACCGACUGUGGAAAACAUUUCGGCAAAAUUUAUAAUCUUAACAGGCAUCGGCGUGCCGUCCAUUUGAAUAUUAGACCGUUUCCCUGCACCAAAUGUCAGUUUAAAUUCACCGACAAACGGAGCCUGGAGCGCCAUUUUGCCUGCAUUCAUGUGGGAAAGCCUCGAUAUGAAUGUGAAUUCUGUGGGAUGCAGUUUUACGAAAGCACCUCGUACCUAAAACACCGUAAUCAAAAACACCCGAAAGAGCGAGCAAAACUGAUGAAAAGUUUGGGAGUACGUACGCUACCCUACCGGACCCUAUAUUCGUUAGACGGUUGUAAACUGGUGGCCGAGUUCAAGUGUCCUGAUUGCAGCGAACAAUUCGCAGAUGAUGAAAAACUAGCGGACCACAAACAAGAGUGCACGAAAUCAGUGAAAAGGUUUCUCUUGAAUUCGUAACAUUUACAUGAAGUGAACAAGGUGUACAUUAUAUUUCAGAAAAUUUAUUUUAAUAAAUUGUUCAAAGAUACAGCUGACCAGAUUUUGUUAUGAAA